AUGGCUCUCAUACAGAGCAGUAACAUCCAAGACAACGAUAAUCUUGAGAUGCUAUCUCACAUUGAAGGGCCUAUUGUCGAUUCUUUCUACGACGCUGCUUUGCUCUCCUGGGGGAAAGCUCUUGAACCACCCUUCCCACUCUUAAAUUCUCCAGCCAGAGAUGCAGCUAUCCCAUGCUGUGAAGAUAAUGCAGACAAUGUCUGUACCGUGAAUGGAUUUGAACACCUUCCUGAGCAUACGACCAAAUCACCAAACUAUGACAUCGACAUCAACCAUGAAGCCCAGAGAGUCAACGGCUCCGUCCAUCCACAGGGUGCUGAAACACGUACAGAAGCCGUCACUCGUCAUCUCACCCCAAACCACAGCAGCAUCUACACCCCCCAAAACUCCGCCUGGCUCUCCGCAAUCAACAACGCCCAGCACUCAAUCCUAAUCCAAACCCCAAACAUGAACGCCGAACCCCUCCUUGAGCCCCUCCUCAACGCCGCACGCCGCGGCGUCACAGUAUCCUGUUACCUCUGCCUGGGCUACAACGACGCAGGCGAGCUCCUCCCGUUCCAAAACGGGACGAACGAAAUGAUCGCAAACAGACUAUACACAUCCCUUCAGACAGAGGAGGAAAAGUCUCGUCUGCGCGUCUACUAUUAUGUUGGCAAAGACCAGACUCGACCGAUUCAUAAUAGCUUCAAGAUGCGGAGCUGUCAUAUCAAGCUUAUGAUUGUCGAUGAGCAGAUUGCUAUUCAAGGAAAUGGAAAUCUUGACACGCAGUCUUUCUUCCAUAGCCAGGAAAUCAAUGUCCUUAUCGACUCGGCGGUUGUUUGUCGGGCGUGGACGGAUUUGAUUAAUCGGAAUCAGAAUACGGCGAAGUAUGGCAAGGCGAGUAGCAAAGAUGGCUGCUGGCAUGAUCCCGAGACUGGUGAGCUUCCACCCCAUUCUAUAGGGCCUGUACCUGGUCGGUUUAGUUGGGCUAAGGGGGCUGUUGGCGCUGUGAAGCGGGUGAGAGGUGCUGGUGGGUUCUGA